AUGUCUGGAUUUGAGGAAAAGCCAACGACGAGCGCGGCCCCUAUCUCAGACCCUGAUGAAAGUGCAGGGUCAGAAGACGAGGAAAUAAUUCGAAUUCUACGAAAACCAGAGUCGCAGCAGCAAAUGGACCAACCACUAGAUCUCUCAGGAAAUCCUGGCGCUGAAACUGCCAGAUCUUCCCAAAAUGCAUCGGAGGAUGAGAAUAAGUUUCAGUGCCCACACUGUGAUUCCAAAUUUGACGGUUCUGCUGGAAAUUUGCGUAGACAUGUUUCUAACCAGCACUUUUGCAUGGUUUACUAUUGCGGACGAGAAUUCGGAUCGCCGGUAGAGUUGGAGGAUCACAUAGAGAAGGAUCAUGUUGUUGAUAGAGAGAAACACAGAAUAAACAUGGAGUCGUUCAUGACGAUGGCGGAAACGAGCCAAUUUCUGCGAAAGCUGCAGGUCGGCGCGACGCCGCUGAUGCUGGCAGCAAAGGAAGGCGACCUGGAAAGCUGUCUUCAACUGCUGAAGCAAGGUGGCCGCCCCGAGAGGAAGACCGAGCUGCGAGUGUCGCUUCUGCACUUCGCAGCCGUCAACAAGGUGCACGGCUUCGACAUCAUCCAGCAUUUUGUCUCGUCGCACGGCCUGAGUUUGACCGCGGAGGACGUGGACGGCGAAGACGCCCUCGAGUACGCCCUGAGGACGUUCAACUUCAAACUGGCCAAUUUUCUUCAGAGCAAUUUGCUGGGGCACUUCUUGAAAAGGGACAAACUCAACUUUGCCAUGGUGGUUGUGGAGAAAAACCCUUCGCUGCUCAGGGUCACCGACUCGGAGGGGAGGAAUCCGCUGCACCUGGCCGUGGAGGUGGCCGGUCCCGAAAUGUGCGACUGGCUGAUGCGGCGGGGAGUCGAUCCCAGGGACGUCACCGUCCAGGGCGCCACCGUCCUGCACCACGCCGUGCGGAACGAGAGGCACGCGGAGGUUCUGGUGCUGUCCCUGUCCAACCUGCUGGACGUGAACGCUAAGACCUUGCGAGGAGAGACGCCCCUGCACUGGGCCCUUUUGCGGCAGAACCUGGCGGCAGCGCAAGCGUUGCUCAAGGUCGGCGCAAAGGUCGGGCAGCACCUUCUUCAGUUCUGCAUCGCCAAUGACAGGCUGGAGAGCGCCAGGUUCGUCCACACCCUGCUGCCUGAGCAGGUUUUUGGGCUGAAUUUCAUGAAUAAGAAAAACGCGUUGCACGUCGCGGCUGAGCGCUCCACUAAAGAAAUGUGCCAGUGGCUCCUGGAGAAGGGAAUCAGGUCCGAUGACGCUCACGAGGAGACAAACUGCAUCGCCCUGCACUACGCCGCCCUGAACAAGCUCCAUGGACCUCAGGUUGUCCACUUUUUGCUCUCAAUAGGUUUGGAUAUCGACGCCAAAGACGUUCUGGGACAGACUCCCCUCUUCAACGCCCUGAGAGCCAAGAAUCUGGAGGUUGCCAGGGCUCUUGUGCGCCUCGGUGCCAAUGUCAGGGUAGAAGUCCACGGUUUGAACCUCUUACACUACCUGGUGUGCCAAAAUGACCUGAAAGGGGCCCAGUUCGUGCACCGAAUUGACGAAAACUUGAUCGAGCGUCUGGGGAAGGGAGGAAGGACGGCUCUCCACCUGGCAGCGGAGUUUGCAGGGGAAGAAAUGUGCAGGUGGUUGCUCGAGGCAGGCGCCAGGUUGAUGGACCCUUGCAAGGAAAACGGAUACAAUGCGAUGCACUGCGCAGUUCUGAACGAGCAGCACGCGCGGCAACUCGUCCGUUUCUUCCAUUCCGCGGGCGUGGACGAGGGGUUGAAGGAUAAUCGCGGUUACACCCCUCUACACGUGGCCCUGGAACAGGGAAAUUUGGACGUGGUGGAGGAGCUGGUCGAUCUCGGCGCCAACCUGGAGGUGCGCGUUGACCAAUCGAACCUGCUGCACUUCUGCGUCAUGAGAAACAAGUUCGCCGGCGCUAAAUUCGUUCACGAGCGAAGGAAGCAUUUAAUCAAAGAAUCGAAUAUUUGGGGAAUGACGGCUCUGCACCUGGCAGCACACAUGGCCGACCUUGAGUUUUGCAAGUGGCUGGUCCAGGAAGGCGUCGACACCAAAGCACGCAACGUUUCCAAUCUCUUGGCCUGGCAGCUCGUCCCCCAUGGACAGAGCGACAAAUUGCGAUACUUCAAGUCUGUUUGUUGUUGA